AUGAUAGCAAUUUGUGGGCUGGAAGAGUCCUCGGAAAGUAUCCUGUCCAGCCACUCAUUAGAGAAACUGAAACAGAGGCCCAGAGGAGAAUCUCACAGAGAAGCCCAAAGGGCUACACUCAUGUAAAAUCGGGCUAGGGCUACCCUGAAGUGCCUUGGUUCUGGGAGCAAAGUGAAUGUCAAUUUUGUACAUUCAGAGAGAAGGUCAAAGGUCAAGUACACCCUGGGGAAUCUGAGGGGCACUGCUGCUCCCUGCAGAAAGAGCUCUGCCUACCCAAGCUUUCACCUCACCCCCACAUCCAAGUUUCAGACUGGUUCCCUUCCUUUUCCACCAGGGAUAUCCCAGUGUAAGGUGCUCAGUGCUGGGGGCUUCCCCACCUCUAGCACCUCCACAGCUCCUGAGAAUGAAGAGAAAACUACAAGUACUGGUCAUUUUCCUGGCCCUGUGAAACGAGAUGAAAAUCUAAAGAGGAAGAAGAAAUGGAGUACUGUGGUCAAAUGUUUGAUUGCUGUCACCCUGUUGCCCAGUGGAGUCAUUAUCAUAAUAUUUGUCAUGUUUGAAGUCCCAGUUCCUGUAAGUUGGCUGAUAGCCAGAAGGCUGUACCUAUGCCAGCAGUUGUGGAGAAGGCAAGAGAAGAGAGACCUGCCACCUGGAACAGCAGAAUCCCAGCAGAACUCUCAGCCUCAGAAGGGAAGUGUUCUCUGUAUGUCUACGUCCUUUGCUUAG